AUGUAUCUAUUUAUCACUAUAUAUCAGGGAUUCAUUCAUGAAAACAUUUUUAAAUUUAAAGCAAAAAACUUUCCGAGACCCGGAGAUUGGAUAUUUAUAGAAGGCGAAAGUCAUUUCAAGGAAGAAAGAUUUGAGGCAAAUUUGAAAGAACUGGAACAUGCAAUAACUUCUACUGAAAAUUUUUAUAAGCAUGCUGGGAGUAUUGAAAUGGCCGAUGCUUUAAAUAUACACAGUAAAACGCCGGAAGAAUAUUUUAGCGGUCUAUUCAAUAAAAUUAGCUAUCAUUUUGUUAAUCAACAUUCAUUUGCUAAUUUCAAAAAUUAUCCGAAAGAUGAUAGAAUUGUUUAUAUUGGAGGUAUGCAUGUUGAGGAAAAUGAAAAUUAUUUGAGCAUGGAGGAUAAUAAAUAUGUAAUAAUUUGUUAAUUAAAAAAUUUUGAAUAGUAAGAGCGAGGUAAAAGUUCGAUCCUGCGACCCCCUGGCGGUUAUUGCUAGGCGCUUUCGCUCACCACGUACAGUUGCCCUACCGACAGCUUCCGGGACGCUGGUUUCACCUUCUCUUUUAAUAAAUCUUAAACCGGCUAGAGCGUUUAAAAUGCUAGCCAGCAGGAUCUUUCUCUUCCUUACAAAAUCUGCAUUUUGGUUACUCGUUUAUUUUUAAGUUAUUCUUGUGUUAUUCGCCCCUCAUUUUCCCUUUUUCCCAAUUUGAUCGACCAUAACAUUUUUAUGCUUAAUCCAAUCCGAAUAAACCUUAUAUCAU